GGAACGACGUUUUUGAUUUGAUUUUUUUUGUUUGUUUUUUGAUUUGGCAAUUUGUUGAUUUGAUUUUUGUUUCGCGGAUGAUAAUAUCCUCUCAUCAAACACAGAAAAAACAUUCUCAGUUUGACGCGACAUCUUUUGGAACCUAAACGUAUCCACAUAUGUCAAAAUAGUGAAAAAAUAUUGUUUAUUCGAUGACCUUUUCGUUCGAUUCAAUUUUGAUUUUUUCGGUGGUUUGCUUUGGUCUUCAAAAUCUCCCGUUCUGAUUGACCAUCUUUAUCUUUUUUUUUUAAAUCGAUAAUGUGGUGGGAAGCAUUACCAGCUUGUGGUGCCAUGUUGGCAUCCUUAUCUUUGCUUGAAAUAUCUCCAUUUGUUUUUCAUUAUCUAAGUUGGGGUUGUCCUAUGAUGCGUGAAUCAAAUGGACAUAUAUCACGAAUGUUAUUACGUCGUGAUCAACGUAUUGCUGAAGAUUUUGGUAUUCGUUGGGAUGCUAAACAUAUGUAUACUUAUUCAUUUGGUUCAUUAACUGAUCAAGUUAAAACUGAAGGAAAUUAUAGUCAUUAUUUGAAUGCUGAACAACAAAUGUUACAAAAACAACAACAACAAAAAUGAAUUGUUUAGAAUUUUAAUCU